UCAAAUACCAAAUAGUCGGAUAGUUGUCUCGAUUCAAAUUCAUCGUGUUUAUUGUAUUGCUUUGCUUUUUCCCAUUUUCCAAAAGAAAAAAAAUUAAAAGAAAAAGCAUUAUCUGAUUAAAUUUAUUAAAAAACCGUCUUAUUAGAUUUCAUUCUUGGUAUAAAUUUAAUCUGUUUAAUUAAGGCAAAAUAUUUGACACGUGCAGCAACUCACGUACAUUUAUAAAUUUCCACAUUGAAUUUUAAAAUCAACAAAAAUAAUUUGUUUGGAUCUUUGGAUGGAGCCACAUUUAAUUUUAUUUAACAAGCAUUCGCAACAAAUAUCAAAAAAAGCAUAUAAAAUUUUAAAAAAUAAGAAAUAGAAAAUUUUUUAAAAAUGGUUAAAGUUUCUCAUUACGAAACAAGUUCAACAUUUGAUUAUUCAUGGAAACAAGUUGUGCAAGCAUUUUGGAAUCGAUAUCCAAAUCCCUCAAGUGCUCAUGUAUUAACAGAAGAUGUUGUUAAACGAGAUGUAAUUGAAGGCAAAUUAUAUACAAGACGUUUAUUAUCAAAAACAAAUCCAUUACCAAAAUGGGGUGAAAGAUUUUAUAAUGCAAAAUCUGUAAAAAUAAUUGAAGAUUCCAUAUUAGAUCCAAAAACUAAAAUUCUUGUUACAUACACGAGAAAUGUUGGUUUUAAAAAGGUUAUGAAAGUGGAUGAAAAAGUAGAAUAUCGUGAAACGGAAGAUGGGAAAACAAUUGCAAUACGUUCAGCUUGGGUUAGUUCACAAAUUUUUGGAUUCUCGGCUGCAAUAAGAGCAUUUGGUGUUGAAAGAUUUAAAUCGAAUUGCAACAAAACGGUUGCCGGCUUUAAUUAUGUAUUAUGUAAAAUGUUCCCAAGUAAAUUAGAUAGUAUAAAAGCAAAUGAACCCUCUAAUAUACAUUCAGCUUCUCAAUAUAUACAACAACAUCAAUUACAACCGCAAUUACACAAUUUACAGCAAUCUUCAAAAAUAACUAAAAUAAAAAAUGCUGGCCAUGCAACGUACAUUUUCGUUAAAAAUCAAGCCAACAAAGUUUAUCAAUUAUUUUCUGUUAGCAAUUGAUAAAUUAAUUUUAAAUUUUUUUUUUUUUACAUAAUAAGAAAAAUUUUCAAAUACAUAUUUGUAUAUUAGGGACAAAAUUCAAAUUUUAGAUUUUAUUUAAAUUUUAAUUUUAAUUAUUUUGGAUUUGGGUUAGAAAUUUUAUUAUUAAUUGUAUAAUUAGAAUAUAGAUUUUGAAGAAAAAAAAAAAAUUAUUAAAUUUUUAAUUAAUAUUAUAAAAUUAAGUUAUAAAAUUUGUAAGUCAAUCUAUUUUAGUAUUUAGUUUCCAAAAUAAAUGAAAUUAAUGACUUAAUAAAAAUACUUGAUACAAGUUAUGUAUUGAAGUAAAAAUAAAUAUCUAAUUGAUUAAAAAGAAAAAAAUUUACAAAAUCAGUAUGGAAACUAAAAAAAUGUUAAUAUUUUAGGAAAAUUAAAUGAAAUUAAAAUUAAACAAAUUAUAGUUAAAAAAUUAUUUAUGAUAAUUUUUGAAAGAUUUCUGUUAUGCUAAAACAAAAACAUCAAUUAAAAACAAAACUCAUUCCAAAGUUAGUAAAAAGAAAAUCUGUUUAAAAUAUAUAAACUUAAUUAUUCCUUAUCGUGAAUAAAUAAGUUGUGUUGAUACUACAGACAAAAAAUUUUAUGUAUAUACAAUGUAAGAAUUCAAAGAAUUAAAUUGAAACAAAAAUCAAUUAAUUUUUAGCGGUAAAAAAAAAUUGUAGGUAUUACAAAAUUGAAAUUGUUAUGAUAAACAAAAAUUAAAAAUAUUCCUUUUAAAGCGAAAUGUAUGUUUAUAGAUUUUAAGCAUUAAAUUUCAAAAUAAAAGUUUAACAAAUAUAAACUAUAUACGUAUA